CCUGGCCAGCGAGCGUGGCACGUGACCAUCCUAGUGGGCGUUGGCCGCGUGGCCGGGCUAAAACAAGCAAAAAAUUUGCACCCUCUUUCUUUCACACCGUAUCUUUUUGAGGGCCAUUAAAUACUCCUAACGAAGAAAUAUAAUCGAAAUGGGUGGAACUCGUGACAAGAAAGUGCAAUACUUCGCUAAGUUGAAGGAGUUGUUGACCGAAUACAAGUCUAUCUUUGUUGUUGGUGUCGACAAUGUCUCUUCCCAACAAAUGCACGAGACCAGAAAGUCCUUGAGAGGCGAGGCCACCGUGUUGAUGGGUAAGAACACCAUGGUCAGAAGAGCCAUUAGAGGCUUUUUGUCUGAGUUGCCAGAGUACGAGAAGUUGUUGCCUUUUAUCAAGGGUAACGUCGGUUUCAUCUUCACCAACUCCGACUUGAAGACCAUCAGAGAGGCCAUUGUCUCCAACGUUGUCGCUGCUCCAGCCAAGGCCGGUGCCGUCGCUCCAAAGGACGUCUGGGUCCCAGCCGGUAACACCGGUAUGGAGCCAGGUAAGACCUCUUUCUUCCAGGCUUUGGGUGUCCCAACCAAGAUUGCCAGAGGCUUCAUUGAGAUUGUCUCUGACGUCAAGGUUGUCGAAGCCGGCAACAAGGUCGGUCCUUCCGAGGCUUCCUUGUUGAACUUGUUGGGUAUCUCGCCAUUCACCUACGGUUUGACUGUUUCCCAGGUGUACGACAACGGCCAGGUCUUCCCAGCCUCCAUCUUGGACAUCACCGACGACGAGUUGGUUUCCCACUUCGUCUCUGCCAUCCAGACCAUUGCCUCUGUGUCCUUGGCUGUUGUUACAUUUUAGAUUAAUACAACAAC